UUGAAAACAGCCUAAAAAUCCUUGACGUUACAACAAUGAAUUAUAUUAAAACCCAUCAACCUAAUCCCUUCCUCUUCCGUGCUAACACUGCCAAGAAGGUCAAGAACAAGAAACGGAAACUUUCUUGAUCAUCAUAAUCAUCAUCAAAGAUGGGUUCGCAUGUUUCAAAGCAGGUGAAUCGAAGAAAAGCGAUCUCGACGGAGAAGAAGACGCUCUGCGAUCUGCAGGGAAACUGCGGCGACACUUUCCCGGGAAGCGAUUACCGUCCACCGGACAGAAAGAACUGGAUGGGAAACCUCAACCCGGAAAAACUCCACAUAAACCAGAUCGUCUGGCCCGGGACCCACGACUCCGCAACGAACAAGAUCGGCUUCCUGUUCAUAACUCGUCCCUUUGCUCAAUGCCAAUCGCUCUCUAUCUACAACCAGCUCGUAAGAGGCGCCAGAGUUCUCGACAUCCGAGUCCAAGAAGACAGCCGAGUCUGCCACGGAGUCCUCGCCACUUACAGCGUCGACGUCGUCAUAAAGGACGUCAAGAAGUUCCUCUCCGAGACACAAUCGGAGAUCAUAAUUCUCGAGAUUCGGACCGAGUUCGGACACGACGACCCGCCGGAGUUCGAGAAGUAUCUGGAGGAGAAUUUGGGAGAGUAUUUGAUCCACCAAGACGAUCGUGUUUUUAGCAAGACUGUUUCGGAGCUUUUGCCUAAGAGGGUGAUUUGUGUUUGGAAGCCGAGAAAAUCUCCGCAGCCGAAAGCGGGCAGUCCGUUUUGGAAUUCCGGGCACUUGAAGGACAACUGGAUCGACACGGACUUGCCAUCGACCAAGUUCGAGAGCAACAUGAAGCAUCUGAGCGAGCAACCACCGGUUUCUUCUAGAAAGUUCUUCUACAGAGUGGAGAACACCGUGACGCCGCAGGCGGAUAAUCCUGUUCUGUGCGUGAAACCGGUGACGAAUCGGAUCCAUGGAUAUGCGAGAUUGUUCAUAGCGCAGUGUGUGGCCAAAGGGUGUGCUGAUAAGUUGCAGAUAUUUUCGACGGACUUUAUUGAUGAGGAUUUUGUUGAUGCUUGUGUUGGCCUUACUCAUGCAAGGGUUGAAGGCAAGGCUUGAUGAUGCUUUAAUUAAUUGAAUUCUUUCUUUUUUCUUAAAAUAUUUCUUGUGUAUUUUUUCCCGUUUCUGUAAUUUUUGGUCUGUUGGGGUCUCUGGGUGUUAUUUCUACGUUUGUUGAUUUAUUUGUUCAUAGUGCGUUAUAUUACGGGUUUCAUGAAAUGUUAUUUCUCCAUUAAUGCAAAUGACAUGUAAUUUUUCUGUUGUGUAUAAUGUAUAUCAUGUG